AAAAUUUCGUGCUUAAGUUCAGAUCUUUGAGCUGCCAUUUGUUUUUCUUGUCCCUCGUCUUCUGAACUGGAUGAUGUGAUUGAUUUGGACUCUGUUGUGUUUUUUGUUCUGGUAUUUUUGCGGAUCUAAGACAGAUUUCACCUAACAAAAACCAACAUGACAUUUAUUGCUAUCAAUUUAAUUUCCUCCCCUUCACUGUAGAUCUCUUAUUCAGUUUCGUAGAUGAAUGUGCUCUGUUUCUUAACUACCCUGUAUUAAUGCUUUAAUUUGCAUUUCGAACCUGGGAAACUAGAUCCAAGUCAAAAUUGUUGCAUUCUGGUUUGGAACAAAAAAUGCAGUGUGUUAGGAUCACGUCUGAGGUAUUCUCUAUAAGAGUUUCAGGAUCUACUUGCAUAGACAACUGAGUUUGAUUGGCCUAAGACUAUGUUGUAGCACAAAAGUUAUAAAUAAUGCCAUUCAUGCAUAGUCAGUCGCACACACGAUCUAUAAACAUGCUAUCUUUGUUGUUCAAAACCGUGAUUUUGUUUAAAAAUGGCUUUUGUUAAUGCUUGAGUCAACUCAGUUUGUGGAAUACCUUGUUAGGAAAGAGAAGAAGAUGAUGUGAUAAAAAAAUAUUAAGCAUUGAUUGUGGAGCUCCACGAGGUCCUAGCUUCAGCCAAUCCAAAUGGUUGUAUGAAUUAAUAAAGAUCAUUGUGUUCAACCCAAACUCUGAUAUGGAUACCUUCCUCUUCACCUCAGAAUCCGUCAAUGAGGGUCACCCUGACAAGAUCUGCGACCAGAUCUCUGAUGCCAUCCUUGAUGCCUGCCUAGAACAAGACCCAGAGAGCAAGGUUGCCUGUGAGACAUGCACCAAGACCAACAUGGUCAUGGUCUUUGGUGAGAUCACCACCAAGGCCAAGGUGAACUAUGAGAAAAUUGUUCGAGAUACCUGCAGAGGCAUUGGUUUUGUUUCAGCUGAUGUGGGUCUUGAUGCUGACAAAUGCAAUGUCCUCGUCAACAUUGAGCAGCAGAGCCCUGACAUUGCACAGGGUGUUCAUGGUCACCUCACAAAGAAGCCUGAGGAAAUUGGAGCUGGGGAUCAAGGUCAUAUGUUUGGUUAUGCAACAGAUGAAACCCGCGAGCUGAUGCCCCUUACCCAUGUCUUGGCCACCAAGCUAGGGGCUAAACUCACUGAAGUGAGGAAGAAUGGAACCUGCCCAUGGCUUAGGCCAGAUGGGAAGACCCAAGUGACUGUUGAGUACAAGAAUGAAGGUGGUGCCAUGGUCCCUCUCAGGGUCCACACUGUGCUCAUCUCAACCCAACAUGAUGAGACUGUCACAAAUGAGCAGAUCGGCAAGGACCUGAAGGAGCAUGUCAUCAAGCCAGUCAUCCCCUCGCAGUACCUUGAUGACAAGACCAUCUUCCACCUCAACCCAUCUGGCCGUUUUGUUAUUGGAGGACCCCAUGGUGAUGCAGGGCUCACUGGCCGCAAGAUCAUCAUUGACACUUAUGGUGGGUGGGGUGCUCAUGGUGGCGGUGCCUUCUCUGGCAAGGACCCAACAAAGGUGGACCGCAGCGGUGCCUACAUUGUCAGGCAAGCAGCCAAAAGUGUAGUGGCUUCUGGGCUUGCCCGGCGCUGCAUUGUGCAGGUCUCUUAUGCUAUUGGUGUCCCAGAGCCUUUGUCUGUGUUUGUGGACACAUACAAGACUGGUAAGAUCCCAGACAGAGACAUACUGGCUCUGAUCAAGGAAAAUUUUGACUUCAGGCCAGGGAUGAUUGCCAUUGACCUCGACCUGAAAAGAGGAGGCAAUUCUAGGUACCAGAAGACUGCUGCCUAUGGGCAUUUCGGCCGGGAUGACGCAGAUUUCACUUGGGAGACUGUCAAGCAACUCAAGAAUGAUAAGGCUUAGAGUUAAUGAAGACCUGCACCUUGGGUAUUUUCUUUUGGUGGGACGAAGAUGAGAAGCAUAUGAAAGUGCACCAAGCUCCUGCCGACAAAAAAGAAGAGGGAGAAGCCGCAGAGUGGAGGAUGUGUUGCUCGAAUCUUUACCAAACAUUGGAUGUGGGGAUCUUUUUUUAAAAUCUUUCUUUUAUUCUAAUUUUCUGCUUUCAUCAAUAUCUUACUAGGUCCGGGACAUCUGAAUAUUCCACCUUUUUUUUUGUUCAAAUUCUUUAUAAUUGCUAAGUUUGAGAGUUCCAAACUGCAAAA